CGCGAGCGAGGGCCGGGCGGCGAGGGGCGGUCGGAAACGCUCCUGGGCGGCUCUAGGGGGAGCCCCCAGCCGCGGCCGCCUUCCUGCGCUCCCCUCAGCCCCGGGCUGUCCCCGCCUCCUCCCGGCGCUCCACUCCCCACUACCCAGGAAGACGGCGCCGGUGGCGAGUGCUGCUUUCGCUUUCCCUUCCCCGUGCCCGCUCCUGGCUCCUCGUGCGCGCUGGGCCCCUGCCCCGGCCAUGGCCACGUUCAGGGUCCAGCCUGAAGCCCAAGCCAAGGUGGAUGUGUUUCGUGAAGAUCUGUGCACCAAGGCAGAGAACCUGCUCGGGAGCUAUUUCCCCAAGAAGAUUUCUGAGCUGGAUGCAUUUUUAAAGGAUCCAGCUCUCAAUGAAGCCAACCUGAACAAUCUGAAGGCCCCCCUGGACAUUCCAAUACCGGAUCCAGCCAAAGAAAAAGAGAAGGAGGAGCGAAAGAAACAGCAGGAGAAGGAAAACAAGGAUGAGAAGAAGAAAGGGGAAGAUGAAGACAAAGGUCCUCCCUGUGGCCCAGUGAACUGUAACGAGAAGAUCGUACUCCUCCUGCAGCGCCUGAAGCCCGAGAUCAAAGAUGUCAUUGAGCAGCUCAACCUGGUCACUACCUGGUUGCAGCUACAGAUACCUCGGAUUGAGGAUGGAAAUAAUUUUGGGGUGGCCGUCCAGGAGAAAGUGUUUGAACUGAUGACCAGCCUUCACACAAAGCUAGAAGGCUUCCACACUCAAAUCUCAAAGUAUUUCUCUGAGCGUGGUGACGCAGUAACCAAAGCAGCCAAGCAGCCCCAUGUGGGUGAUUAUCGGCAGCUGGUGCAUGAGCUGGAUGAGGCAGAGUACCGGGACAUCCGGCUGAUGGUCAUGGAGAUCCGCAAUGCUUAUGCUGUGCUAUACGACAUCAUCCUGAAGAACUUUGAGAAGCUCAAGAAGCCCCGCGGAGAAACAAAGGGAAUGAUUUAUUGAAGGUGUCUGCUCUCACUGGGAUGGGCAUAGCAGAGCCCGACCUUCUUUUUACUGGGGACUCCAGCCUUUCCCCUACCUUUCUCCUGUUGAAGUUUCUCCCUCACUUUGUCUCCUAAGCACAAUAAAUACAGUCAUACAGUUGCCCAUCA